CAUGUCUGCCUGAUUGCCGGUGUGGGCCUGAUUGCUGGUGUCGGCCCGUCUGUGUGUCUGUCCUCCAGCGACACCCCUCUGGCAGUGAAGGGGUUAACUCCAGCUGCUCCAGCCCCAGCAUGAGGCAGGGAAGGAAAUAGAAGGAGAUGAAAUGGCAGGGAGGCAGGGGGGCAGCGCCGGGGGAGAGCAGAGGAGAAGCGCUGAGGUUACCGGCGCAGUGACCAGCUCCGACAGCACGGCGCACACAGUGGCAGGCAGCCCCCGAGACAUGGAGCAGGACAAGGCCAGAGACCAGCUCUUCUCACGGAAACGCAGCUUCACCUUCGGCGCUUAUGGAGGGGUUGACAAGUUCAUCUGUCCAGCAGUCAACUGCAGACCGGAGACAUUUGAACACAGUAUUCUUGAUAUACUUGACUCCCCAACUAGUGAAAACAAAUCACUACUGAGUGGAAAUUUAUCGCAGAAGGCAUCAGAUCUGUUUGAGAUCAUUGAGAAAUUACAGGGAAGCCGCUUAGACGAGCAGCGCUGUGAGUUUCCGCCCCCUUUCAAGUUCCUCAAGAUCGGCGGCCCCCUUCCUCUGGUCUUGCCCCCCAAGGCUGGCGGAUACUGGAUCGAGCCACCGCCGUGCUGCGAGGGUGCGCCCCUUCCCCCGGGGCCCGAGACGGAGCCGGGCCCCUGUGACAUCAUGGACAGAGACCCCAGCGCCACCCUGUACAGAGACUCGUUCAGACACAAGUAUCAUCAGUCCUUCACGGCGGUCGAUCCCUCCCUCGGCUCCCUCAUCCUCUCAGCGCGCGUGGACGAAGAGGACAGCGUGCACGUCAUCCUGAGGAUGAAGGAGUGCAGCCUCCACGGCGUCUUCCACCUCUCCCUCUUCCCCGAGUUUCCCAGCGCGGGGCAGCUGGCCAAGGUCUCUCUCUCUCUCUGUCUCCCUCUCUCCUCAGAGUGGCAGUGGGCACCAGAGCUGAUUGCAGCGUUUGACGAGCACAGGAUAUCAGAAAACUUUAAAUUCGGAGUGCUGUAUCAGCGAGAGGGCCAGCUCUCAGAAGAGGCCAUACUGGGUAACUGCGAAGAGAGUGAAGAAUUCUUGGACUUUUUGUCCAUUAUGGGGGAGACGGUUUCCCUGUCUGGAUUCACAGGGGAAAAUGGUAUUCUGACCUGUUUCUCCUGCCUCAGUGUGAAUCACAGUGUGCACGGUGCUGUCUUGUUUCCGCAGGUGUCGGUGACCGCCCGAGAGGACGUGCCUCUCUUCGGGCCCCCCCUCCCCGACCCUCCCGUUUUCAAAGAGCGCCACCGGCUGCGGGAGUUCCUCUUGAUCAAACUCAUCAACGCCGAGAUCAGCUGCUACAGAGCCGAGCGAUUCCGCAGGCUGGAGGUUCGUACGCGCUCUUCUCUGCUCGAGAGCUUACAGUCUGAUCUGUCAGCCAGAUCCUGCUGCAUGCUGGGAGCAGCCCCACCCUCUGCCUCCAAUGGAGGGCCAGGAAGGGGAGAGAGUGGGGGGAGUGGAGGGGGGUUCAUUGAAAACUUCAAGAGAGCAAUCAGGGUGCGCAGCCACUCAUUUGAUACUUUGGGGGGUCCCAGGAAGGUGUCAGGAGGGUCUCCCCAGAAACAGAAAGGACCCCAGAUUUCUGCCUCGUCGGCUGCAGAGAAGGAGCUGGAAAGGUAA